AUGUCUGACUCAAAUUCUGAGGACGCUGUCGCAGAGCCGAGAUCCAAACUCAUUGAAUGGAUUGAUCAGUAUACUUCUAACGAUUCGGAGACCAGAUGCUGCGAUCUUAGAAACCACAUUUUGGUGGCAGUAGUGAAUUCGAAACAUUUGGCAUUUGUCCAGAUAGUGGUACGCACUUACGAUCAUGUAUGUUUUUACAUCAAUACAACCAACGUACAUCAGGAAAACGACCCUGUGCGCAAAAGGAACAUCUGUCGUCUGUUAUAUGAUGUUAUUUCGCGUACGGAAAACCUGUUUUCAGCAGAAUGCCUCGUGCCAUUCCUACAGAAAUGUUUGACGGUAACAGUAUGCACAAACUUUGCGAUACUGGCGAUUCGCGCCUUAUUAGAGCGUCAUAUCAAAAUCGAAGGUGGCACCAUACAUGUUCUGAAUAUUCUGCAGCCGUUAUAUGACGCACUAGUGGCGCAAAAUAUAGCAUCAAUGGCGCAGCAGCCUCGCAUGGAUUUUUUAUGGAUAACUCAUUUCAUGCUGCAAUUACAUAGGUCUAAAAAUCUCAACCUUCGGCAGAACUUUGUAGCGAGUUUUUGCAGCGCCGUGUUGGGGGAAAAGGAUCCGAGAAAUUUGUUGGUACUCUUCGAUCUUGUUGCGAAAUUGUGCGAAGACGAUCUGGCUGAUCACGAUGUGGACCUUCUGGCUAAACUCUGCACACCAUACUACCCAAUACAGUUUCAACCUCCUAAAAACGAUCGAAUAGGCAUCACACCAUUGGAACUAAAGCAGAGGCUCUUGCGAGUGUUCAAGGCAUGCAGCAAAUUCGGGCCGCACGCAAUGGAAGUUUUGUUCGAUUGUCUAUACUCCGGCUACGCUACGGAGGAUGAUCACGCCGUUAUAUUGGGUGAUACGUUAUGGUUCAUCAAAGAGUGUGCGCCUAUAUACGGGGUGCCAUGUUACUCAUAUAACCUUGAAUCCUUCAUAGACGUUCUUGUGUCGGAAUUUUUUACGGACGCAGCUUCCCGUAAAAACGGUAAUGACGAAUGUCUUGACGAUACACCCGGAGGAAUAAUUGUGGACGGUGUUCUAAGUGACUUGGAAAGCUCCGUUUUCUCGGUUACGGAGGCAAAUAAAUUAGGCAUGCUAUAUUAUGAAGGUUGGAAAUAUGUAUCCAAUCAAUUAAAAAUAUUCGGUGAUAUUGUAAAGGUAUAUAUGGACGUUGUAGAUGUCUAUAUGUGUAAAGAGGUUGUAAUUAAGUUGUUACGCACCUUGAAAAAUAAUUUCACUGCUGACAACAGUAAAAUUGCUGAUGCGAAUGGCUAUGCCGCAUACUUUUUGGAUAUACUCUGUGGUAUGCCGAAGUACCACGAUCUUCUGCUUGAAUAUGUUUUCGUGCCUUUGUGCAAUGAUAUAAUUGUGAUGUUCGCCCAAUUCAAAAAAGGGUUGGACUCGGAGGAUUCUUUAUGCAAGCAAUUGGCACUCAUGCUCCCUGUUGUUACAAACACGCUAUUUGCAAAGCUUGUGUCGUAUUGUGUUCAACCUAUUCCGACAAUUUAUGCCAAACAAAUCGUUGUUGGUGCCUUGUGUUCUCUACAGUUGAACGAUAAUACAAUAUGCAGUCGAGGUUUAAAGCUUCUAACAUUGGCCAUUUCGUCUUCUACGUGUCCUGUUUUGGAACACGUAUUAAUACACUGCUUAAAAGAGUCACAACUGUUUAGUAAGAAGCGCGUUUGUCGUGACGGAAUGGAUAUCCGACUUUAUGCGGAUGCGUUGCUAGCAAUGUUGAAAUCCCAUUAUGUGCACUGCGAUCCUAUAGUAGAGCAGAUUAGAUUGAUGAUGGAUUGCCUAGUGGUCAGCAGUGAUAUUGAAGAUUGCAUACUUGCAUACUUUAGCAACGAUGUCGAUCUUUCACAUGAAAUGGCCGAAAUAUGCGCAAUAGUCUUAAAUAAAAGCACUGAUAAGGCUCUGGUUAAACAAAUAUUUGCCGCAUAUUGCAAAUGCUUUAUACACGUCUGCGAAAAUCCGGAGUCGAAGAUAGGGCAUGCUACAUUUGUCUUUUCUCUCGCAAUUACGGCGAACAGAAAGACGCUCUGUGCGUUAUUGAACGAAGAGUUCUCAUUCAAUCAGUUAUUAGGAUACUAUAAAGUGUUAUCCGAAAAGGCGGAAGACAGGAAAAUGUCACAAAGUGUUUUGAAGUUGGCUACUUUCAUAAUACCCCAGUAUAUGUCCAUGACAUUGGAUCACCCAAGUGCAGAUAUCGCACGGCAACUUUGUGAAGACGGAUUGAUAUUUCUGCUGCCAUUAUUGUUCAAUCAUAUAUCCAAUGAAAUUGUAGCUGUCAUAAUAGAGCAUGCUAAACGUGAUCAAAUCAAAAUUAUGGAAUUGGAAUCCAUAGGCUGGUUGCUGAAAUGUUGGGUUAAGCAAGAUUGUAAUAAAAGCGAGGCGUUAAAUUUUUCUUUUGAAUCAUCGGGGGAUUAUUUCGAUAAUCAGAACCGCAUGGAAGUUUCAAGAAGUGCCAUAAAUCUGGAAGAAAUCUCUAAUAGCAGGUUCAGCAGUUUAUUGUCAGAGGGGUUGCCGUCAAUCAUCCUUUCAUACCUAUUGGAAGACGCAUCGUACCAAACUUUGGUGUCACGUGAUAUGAAGUCGCACAUGCUAUCUCUUCCGCCAAGCGUAAUCAGUGCAACUGUCGCACGAAUGUAUCCCUUCCAAGUGGAAAAUAUGUCAGCAACACUGGAGUACCUUGGAUACAACCCCGCAACCUUCAUUGGUCCUUCAAUCACAUAUUCAGAUGUGUUCUUCGUUGAUGGCACAGAGGUAGAACUAGUGCCUCCCCUCACUCGGAUGCAGCACAAAAUUUUGAUGGCUAACUUCCGCAACUCACGCACACCAGAUGCAAGUGUCGCAAAAUAUCUUAUUAACGUUUUGAGCGAAUCGAAAGAUAACCUGGCCUAUGCCGUUGCAAUCACUUCGGUUGCUUUGAGGUUAGAACACUCCGAAUUGUUGUACGACAACGCCGAGAUCAUGCAGUUUGUAAUGCAGCAAUAUGUGUCACAAUGGCCCAAGUUGGAUGCAGUUAAAAAUAAGAGGGCGGCUGUCCAAAGAGCAGCGGUUGUUGACGACAGCAUCCAAACAAAUUUACAUAGUCCUUAUGAAAAGUGGCUACAACGCGAAUUCUUGUUCCUGUCCCAAUGUUUACUGUUAAAGGUAAUUUGCCUGUUGGAGCAAUCCAGCAGCAGUGGUUCAGAAGUUAGACAUAGCUUCGAUUACUUAUGGUCGCAAAAAAGUAGAGAAGCUGUAAAUCUUGCUAAUAGGUGUGAAUUCGAACCGUCGUAUAGUCAGUGGGAACAACUGACAGAAGUAGCCGCAUCGGUGGCCCUUGAAUCUAGUCUUCCGGUAUGCCGCGUAUUUGGAAUACUGUUAGUGCAUUGUAUAGUCAAGGCCGCGCCGAAGACAAUAUCAGCGAGCAAUUGUAGAUCGGUUAUGAAGCGUAUGUCCGAGUGUUUGGGCGAUGGGUGUCAGAGAGCACGAGCAGUGGCUAUAAAAUGCCGACAUAACUGGUUGCAGAAAUAA